GGCCGAAAGUCCUCCCGCGCCAAAGGCCGGGGCAAAGGCCGCGCCAAAGGCCGCGCGCGCGCCGCUCCCGACCACGCCCCGCGCGCCCCGGACCCUCCGGACCCUCCGCAGGGCCAGCGGCUCGGGGAGGAGCCCCCGGCGGCACAGGUGCAGGCAGGCGCGGGGUGGGGCGGCCUGGAAAGCGCCGCGCUCCAGCUCCCGGGGCCGGGGGAGGACGCCUCCCAGCUCCCGCUGGACUGCGGCCUCGCGCUGCGCGCGGCGGGGGAGCGCGGGCAGGCUGCGUCCAGGCUCGGCCUGGGGAAGGCCACGUCCCUCUCGGAGCGCCUGGCGCCGGACACUGUCUUCGUCGGAACCGUGCGAAACCGGGGAGAGGCUGAAAAACGGCCCCCGCGUUCGAAUCUGCGUGGGCUCGCUGGGAAGAAGGCCCCAGGGGGGAAGCCCAAGAGGGACCCCGCUGGGGAGGAUGCGUCUGUCCCAGAGGAAGAGGAACAGAAGGCGGAGAAGGAUGCAGGGGCAGGGACCCCGGCGACGGACGGCAGCAUGGAUACGCUGGAGACGGUCCAGCAGAAGCUGGAGACCAUGAACGCCCAGGCCGACAGGGCCUACCUUCGCCUCUCGCGCAAGUUUGGGCAGUUGCGGCUGCACCACUUAGAGCGCAGGAACCUGCUCAUCCAGAGCGUCCCGGGCUUCUGGGGGCAGGCUUUGCAGAACCACCCCCAGCUCUCAUCCUUCCUGAACAGCAAAGAUAAAGAAGUGCUCAGCUACUUGAACAGCCUGGAGGUGGAAGAGCUCGGCCUCGCCAGGCUGGGCUACAAAAUCAAGUUCUACUUCGAGCGCAACCCCUAUUUCCAAAACAAGGUGCUCAUCAAGGAAUAUGGGUGUGGCCCUUCAGGCCAGGUGGUGUCUCGUUCGACUCCAAUCCAGUGGCUCCCGGGACACGAUCUCCAGUCCCUAAGCCAGGGGAGCCCAGACAACAGCCCUAGCUUCUUCGGGUGGUUUUCAAACCACACCUCUAUUGAGUCCGACAAGAUUGUUGAGAUUAUCAAUGAGGAGCUGUGGCCCAACCCCCUGCAGUACUACCUUAUGAGUGAAGGGGCCCGUGGCGAGAAAGGAAAGGAGGGCAGGCAAGGCGCCGCGAAGCAGCCGGUGGAGACCCCCGAGCCUGGGGCCAAGAAACCCAAGUAAUCUGCACAAGUCUCCCUACUACCUCCUGCUGGACCACAGGUGUGGGGCUGUCUGCCUUCUCUCCGUGUCGGCCUCUGUGCACUCUUUUCCCUUGGAACUCCAGUGACAAGAAUAUGGCACUGACGAUCGUGUUCUUUUGCCUCCCCGUGGCCUUGCUUUUUUUACGUUAGUGUCACAGGUUAUAUGAUCUCACGCCUGUUUUUUAUCUGUGAGGCACACAUGCUUCAGACGUGUGCUGCCUUUAUCUAUGUGCCUGCACCCUGUUCUUGGCUCUGGCCUUUCCUGCCCGUCUUUAACAUGGACAUUCACGAGGCAUUCUCCACGAGGACCAAGGCACCCUUAAGCUCUGCUCCUUCAGAGCCUUUGACUGUAGCGGGCUUUGUAUUCGUGGUGGCCAUGCAUACCAUAGAUGGCAAGAUGGCUACUACGAAAGGAAGCUAGUGCACACGGUACUGGCCAUCAGCCAGAACUGAUUGUUCAAUGGCCCAGAGUCACUGGCCCAGGCACCACCCACAGGAUCUCUGGCUUUGGACAAGGGUCCAUGCUAUCCUGCAGGAUGUGCAGCACACUGGCCCUUGACUGCUGGGCACGGAUGAGGUUAAGGGUGAGAAGCAGUAUGGCAUGUGUUCUAUUCCAGCGUGUGUCUCCUCCUGCCCCUGGGCCCUUCCCCUGGUGAACGUUCAUCAAGCUCUGCGCCGCGCCUCAUUCGUGGCAGGCCAUUGAAUUUUGUCUAGGUUGUUAUCGGCCCCGAUUGGCUUCCCAUUCAACAAGGACCUCAAGAACUCCCUGUGGACGCAGCCCCCCUGCCAGUGCCUGAGACACACACCUACCUUCCAAGGCUGGGGCCUUCCAAGAACCCUGUUUGGCUGUCAGACUGAUGGGUGGGCUGGUAUGUGUGGACACAUGCUCGCUGCCAUUAUGCUGUGGCUCCAAAUGAGGGUGGGGACUAGACUCAUAGAAUCUAGGUACCUUUUUCAACUCUAUGUAACAUUCAGUGUAUCACAUGUGACCAGAAUGCUAUAGUGGGAUUGCUGGGGAAAAGGUAUUUCUGAUAUGUGAGCCUGUGUCUACUUCAUUUCACACCUCCACAUUUUCUUACUUGCUUUCCCUUCUUUGCCACUACCUUUGACUACCCAUAGACAUAGGCUUCAGUCUCCAGUAUAGGGGAAUCCCAAGACUCUCUCUUGGGGUAUGGAGACAGGGGUGGGCAGAGUCUGUCCUGGGCCUCCAAGACUGAUUUCCACUGGGUGUAAAAGCUGAGUUGGGCCCUCCAUGCCCAGGCGUCUGUGUUCUCUUCCCCGCUCUCGUCCUUAAGGGUGGGGAAAUAGGACUGUGUCUAUACUUGCCCUCCCC